AUGCAAUCUAUGAACAGACUCGCACUGAUGAUCGCUAUGGCCCUGGUCACCGCCGUAGCGGCGGCGCCGAGGCCAGCUCCCAACGCCCAAUCUACUAUCCUCUCUGCUCCGUUUCAACUCAUUGCCUCGGGAAAGCCCAACUGUACCAGAGAUUCAAUGUCACAAUUCGCCGACUCGGUUCUGGCACGGAAUAUCUCCAACGCGCUGAUUUCCCACAGUCUCCAACUUAAUCGUACAUGGUUGGACCAGGAGCAGCUGGAUCUAUCUAUGGAUUACAACUGCUCGGACUUUGACCUGCGAAAUUUCGUCCUGUAG